UCUCCUUCCAAUCACACCACUGCGAACCUCUACCACCAAAAACCUUUGUAUGUCAAGGGGCAGCCACCUCCCCUCCUUCAUCUUCCUCUGCAGCCCCCAAAUGCCAUCUCCUUUGAAGACAAGGCUGGCCCUCUGGCUGCUGCAGCUCUGCUCGGUGCUGCAAACUGGCGCGGUGGAAGGGCUGAACAGAACACUUGAGGAUGAAAAGGCUGUCACCUUCAUCCUGCUGACACCUGGGGGCACCUGGGCAGGCUGCAGUGGGGUACUGCACAGCCCCAGCACCACUGCCAGCCCCAGGAAGGACGGAGCUCGGGCAAGCAAAAGGGAGCUCAGAGAAAUCAGGUCACGCUCCCCUGGUGCCAGGGCUUUGGCUGGGCUCACCACGUGGCGAUUAGGGACAAGGGUCUUCUGCAGGAUGUUUUGCACAAUUCCCCCUUGUUUUGCAAUUUCCAAGGGUUUAAGAGAGAAGAAAAGCCCUGUGUUUUCCCCGAGCCCCUUUGGCUCACCCAGCCAAGUUCCCCUCUGCAGUCUGUUCCUUGCCCCAUCUUCAAAGGGCAGCACAUGGUCCAGAUUUGUGCCCUGAGGUUGUCCCCAGGCCCCUUCUCUCUCUGGCCAUCAUCCCUGUGUGCCACCAGCUGCACUCGCAGCAAGGGGAAAUACUAGUCCCCACACCACAGCCCUGUGCAUCCACAAAAGGGGCAGGGCAGAACUGAGCAUCACUUCCCUGGCCCUGCGUCAUCAUCCCCUGCCAGCUCCCAGCUGGGCUCAGAGCCUCACCACUGCAGGUGGUCCAUCCAGAAAAGUGCACAGAGAAAGCAGUGGCUGCAAGAGCCUCACUGGGGCCGUGCUUGAGGAACACAAACAGCAGUGACGUGUCCUCGGGGUGGAUGGGCGUAAAUCAGAGCCCUUUAAACCACUGCCUUUGAUCGUGAGUAAGAUGAGGAAGUAGGAAACCCCGAGUGCUGAGAUCAAGAUUGUCAGUUGUCAUCUUCUUUUGCAUUUUGGUUUGUCAGUGGUUUUCCUGAAGGCAGCUUGCUCAGGAGCAGCCAAAUCACGCUGCCGCUUGCAGCCGGCCUCAGGUUUCACCUGUUUUAUCACCUGCCCUCUGCCCUGAGCCAUCCGGCACCGCGUUUUCUUUGUGCGUUUCUUACAUCAGAUGUCUUUUUUUUUUUUUUUUUUUUAAUUGGAUUAUUCAGAUCAUCCUCGUUUGUCGGCAGCUUCGCAGAGAUUGGCAGCGGUGGCCGCAACCUGAAACACCGCUGCUCUUACAUGGCUUUGUGCUGUGCUGCUCUGCCAUCCUCAGAGGGUGGGAGAGGAGAAUGGACCCCCUGUUCCUGCUGCCCCCAUUGGUAUUCCCAGUCCCUACAAGGAGAGCAGAGCGAGGUCCCGCUGUUAAUGUUUGAUCAGGGCCUGCCUCUUGCUCUCUGAACUCAUCCGGUCAUUAAGCCGUUCACAGCAGGAAGGGGUGCUGGGUUUGGGCCCAAAGCUGAGCUCAGCCCAGAACUCAAACAAAUUGCUGGGCUGCGAGCGGAGCUGGUGCCUGGUCCUGCUGCCAUUCGUUACUUUAUGAUCAUCUCUGCAAACAGUGGGGUGGCUUAACGGAGCCACGGAUGUGCCCUGGGGAGAGCCCUGCCAGCUGUGCUCACUGCGAAGGAAAGCGCUCUGGCUGGGAGAACAUGGACGCUCCGGUGAGGAUGUUCUCACUUGCCCCGUGGACGCCGACGCCGACCCCCUGGCUGGAAGGGAACACAACCGCUGCUGCGGAGGCAGAGUGCGUCUUCAACGAGGAGUUCAAGUUCAUCCUGCUGCCCAUCUCCUACGGCAUCGUCUUCGUGGUGGGUCUGCCCCUCAAUUCUUGGGCCGUUUGGAUUUUUGUCUCCAGGAUGAGGCCUUGGAAUGCCACCACCACUUACAUGUUCAACCUGGCUAUCUCUGACACACUCUAUGUCUUCUCCCUCCCAACCCUGGUCUACUAUUACGCUGACCGCAACAACUGGCCCUUCGGGACAGUGCUCUGCAAGAUCGUGCGCUUCCUCUUCUACGCCAACCUCUACAGCAGCAUCCUCUUCCUGACGUGCAUCAGCGUCCACCGCUACUUGGGCAUCUGCCACCCCAUCCGCUCCCUCAAGUGGGUGAAGACCAAACACGCGCGGCUCAUCUGCGUGGGUGUCUGGCUGGUUGUCACCAUCUGCCUCAUCCCCAACCUCAUCUUCGUCACCACCAGCUCCAAGGACAACACCACCCUUUGCCAUGACACCACCAAACCCGAGGAGUUCGACAAUUACGUGCACUACAGCUCCUCCGUCAUGGCCCUCCUCUUCGGUAUUCCCUUCCUGGUGAUUGUUGUGUGCUACUGCCUGAUGGCCAAGAGGCUCUGCAAGCGCAGCUUCCCCAGCCCCAGCCCCCGCAUGCCCUCCUACAAGAAGCGCUCCAUCAAGAUGAUCAUCAUCGUGCUCACCGUCUUCGCCAUUUGCUUCGUGCCCUUCCACAUCACCCGGACCCUCUACUACACCUCUCGCUACUUCCAAGCUGACUGCCAGACCCUCAACAUCAUCAACUUCACCUACAAGAUCACGCGACCCCUGGCCAGCAUCAACAGCUGCCUGGACCCCAUUCUGUACUUCAUGGCUGGGGACAAGUACCGGGGACGGCUGCGCCGGGGGGCAGCCCAGCGGCCCCAGCCUGUGCCCACUUCCCUGCUGGGCCUCGUGUCCCCCUCCGUGGACAGCAGUGUGGUUGGCAGUUGCUGCAAAAGUGAGAGUCGAGGGAGGGACAGCGAGGAGCAGAGGUGGGCAAUGAGAAGUGAAGUGAGACACAGCACGGAAGCCCUGGUCCCACAAACCUGUCUGAAGCACUGACCAUGGGUCUGAGGGAGGGUAGCCAUGGGGUGCAUCCCAGGUCACUAAGAAAACAUUUGUCCCUCCCCAGGCAUGCACAGAGUGCUUGACCAUAGAGCACAGUGAACAGACUGACGUUAGGGACAGUAGAGGAGCAGCUCUGUGUCAGGUGGUGAUACGUGGGGACAGCAGGAAUGGCCACGGUCCUGGCCAGGGUCUCUACUGGGACUUUGUUUCACUCAGUCCAGUGCCGCCAGCACUGAGGGCUCAAUCUCCUGCUGCAAUGCCCUGCACUGUCCUCAGGGUGGGGACACUUGGGGGAUGGGCAUGGAGCCACAUUUCAGAGAUGUCCCCCAAAGCAUCCUGGGGGAGGCGGUGAAGGGCGGUGCUGCUAAUGGACCCCAAUAAAGCACUUUUCCCUUUUCCACAUGCUAAA